CGGGGGACGUUGGGGGGGGGAGAUCAAAAAUUUUGCUGGUGUUGUGAAAAACACCGAGAUACGUAUAUAUGUUUCUGAUCAGUCAAGAUUGCCGCAAUUGAUUUUUUUUUCUUUUGCUUCUCACAAUCAGCUGAAUCAGCCUUCAUCCUACUUGACCAAAACUAUAUCAUGUGGCAUGUGCUCCCUUCCAUACAUGAUACUUCUUGACGGGCCGAAUGGGCUUGAAAUCGUAGCCCUGUCAGUGAAUUACGAAAUUGUACUGUCUAUGCGACAGGCAUAAUGAUCUGAUACAUUUCAAUUUUAAAUAAGGAUAUUACAAUGUACCAACGCGAGAAUGAAAUUGGUGCUGUGUCACUUUGCGGAACGACUUGAGACGAUUCGAAUUUACGCCGAAUAUUAAUUGUCGAUUAUGCAUACAAUAUGAUGGAAGACACUUUAAUGGGAUUUUAGUGGUAAUUAAUUUCGAUGGAAAUAAUCCUGGAAUAUACAUGAAUGCUAAUCAUGCUGGAUUUAUAUAUGUAUAUAUAUAUGUGUGUGUAAAUCAUGAGAAAAUCCUUGGAGCUGCAGUAACAAUAAGUAUACGGGUGCUUCCUACGAAGAUGUAAAGAUCCUGUGUCUCCUUUUAUGAUCUAAAUAUGUUUUCAAUUGUAUACGACUUGUGGCCAACGGUAGAAGAUAUUAUAGUUCAAUAUAUUGACUUGGACUUUACAUUGUGGCUGACAUGGCUCUUAAUGCCACUACUUAUAACAUUUCUACUCCCGCUUGUAAUUGGGCUGCUGCUAUACUUAAAUGUCUUAAUAUUGUACAUUUACAAGUUACACAGAGUUAGAUUAAGAAAUGCCUAUGGUACUGCUUGGCGAGACGCAGCUCUUCAUAUGGUUGCAGCUGUCUGGGAUGCACAUGGUUGGAUUUGGCAUGGAUAUGAAAUUGUGGGGUUAGAGAAUAUUCCACAGGACGAACCAGUAUUAUUCAUAUAUUAUCAUGGAGCUAUCCCAGUCGAUGUGUACUAUUUUGCAUCCAAAAUAUUUCUAUACAAUUCGAAGCUAAUCCGUCUGGUGGUAGAUCGAUUUCUCUUCAAGAUCCCGGGUUGGUCCAUAUUCGCUGACGUUUUGAAAAUUAUACCUGGCACACUUCAAUCGUGUUCUGCUAUUUUAAAAGAGGGAAAUAUGCUCGCUAUUUCUCCGGGUGGCGUGUUCGAAGCGCAGUUUGGGGAUCCCUAUUACGAACUUAUGUGGAAGAAAAGAAUGGGCUUUGCGAAGGUCGCUCUGGAUGCGAAAGUGAGUAUAGUUCCUUUCUUUACGAAAAAUCUCAGAGAGUCGUUUAGAACAGUAAGUUGGGGAAGGAGAAUAUGGCUGAAGAUAUAUGCCAAGACGAGGCUUCCUCUCGUACCGAUCUUCGGCGGCUUUCCGGUGAAAUUGGUAACAUAUAUAGGCAAGCCCAUUCCAUACGACGGGAGUCUUACACCUGAAGAGUUGCAGAUAAAGGUUGCCAAUGGCCUUCGAGAUUUAAUAAGAAAACAUCAGAAAGUACCUGGUAACAUUACACGGGCUUUGAUGGAGAGAAUACGUAAUACAGAGAAAUAUAAGGAUUAACGAUAAUCCGCUUUCAUGUACUUAAUACAAUGCAAUACUUUUAGGAGUUAUUUUAAUUUGAUUGAUUAGAUGCUCUUUUUAGGUGAUAAGUGAUGACAUUAAAAAAGAUAAAGAAUAUUUAGGCUGCUCUCCUUUUAAGAAGCACAAUCGACAAUCGACAUCUGUCGCUUUCCAUUUACAAUUUUAUUCAUACUCAAUCAACACUUUUGAACUCUUCUUGGGAAGAGAAUCGGAGUGUUUUGUCCAACUGAAUAAUUAUUAGAAUAUAUUCGCAAACUUGCUCCUAGCACUUUUGUUUGACUAUGUAUGUACGUAUGAUAUAAGAUUUGAGUGUGUUAAAUUGUUGAUUUGUGUAAACUAAAAGGACAGCAGCUAUACUAAAGCUGUUCUAUUCAAUACAAAUUUUUAUUAUUUAUAAUAAAUUAAAUAAUUACAGUAUAAAUGAAUAUUUAUAUUUAUUUUACAUUUGUACUUAAAUAUAUUUUAUUAUUGUGAAGAAAAUAGUUUAUUUACAUUUUUUAUAGAAAUUUACACAAUGCAGGCAAAUGGGAUGCAAUGUGAAAUUAUUAUUGUGUUAUGAACAUAAAUGUGAUUAUUUAACAAUUAUGUACAUUUCUUUAGUUUAUUGCCUUAUAUUUUCUAUGUUUCUACAUUUUAUUAAAAACUAUUGUAUACAUUGUAUAUUAAUUUUUUAGAAAAGGAGAUAUACAGAAAGAGAUUGCAAAAAAAAAAACAAUGAUGAUUCUAUUCUUAACAAAAGAAGCAUAUAAAGACAAAUUAAUCAUUGUUAUUCUUUUUUGUUUGUUAUAUACACUUGCUUUGUAUUAUGAGCAGCUAUUGUCGCAAAAAUAAUGUAUUCUGUCUGUUCGACAAAUGUUACAAAUUAAUAAAAAUAAUGUAAUUGCGAGCGAUUUUAUUCGUUAAGGUUCUGGUUAUUCUGUUCGCCAAAAUGUUAAGAAUAAAACUGAUUAUAUAACUAUGAA